CAAGGUCAUUGGAGCGCGGGUUAGACAGUUUCAUUGUUGGUAGCCCAGGUUGCCUCGCUACAAACGCACCAUAUGAAAUUGACAAGAUUUUCCAAUGUGAUUGAUCCUUUUUAUAGAUUUUAAUCAAAUUCGUAAUCACUAUGGCUGUCUUGAACUCUAACAUAGCAAAGUAAUAUUAUUGAAAGUGAUUGAAAAGCUAAGCUAUAUGCAUUAGAUCGCCACUUUGAUUAAUUGCAUCUUUUUUCGAUUAUGCGUUUCACAGUAUUUAUCCCAUUUCUAUGCUUACUUUCCUUUAUUAUGCUGAUAUGCAGUACAGAAACUUCAAUUGGCACACAUUUUCUAUUGGUUUUAUUUAAUGUCCGUUUCAAAGUUUUGAUCACCAAAGAUAACAAGUUUUGAAACAUGAAAAGGCUAGUAUUGUAAGGGACUUGCUAGUUUCAGUUUUAUGAUAAAAUGAGUGUAUGGUAAAGUUAAGUGAUACAUGUAUAGUUUCCACAGUUAUGGUGAACUGUAUGUGAGAUCACACUAUAUUAUAGGAAUUUAUCCACCCUAAAUUAGUGUUGAACAAACGACCUUCCAAAUACUGGUCUCGUAAGUAAAUUUCUGGGUCGUUGAGUUACGUAAAUCAUAUGUAUCUUAAAUUUGAAAGCUAAUACCAUGUAGUCUUUUUUCCUAACCUGUAAGUUGUGGAUUACUUGACAUUACUCGUUAUUUUUGAAGGUCAUUUUGAGUAAGGUUGAUAACUGCAGAGAGCGUUUUAAUUCCUUGAUAAUCUUUGUCUGGUUUUCAACAAAAUGAUUCUAUUAUCAUACGUUUUAUGCAGCCAAAUAACUAUUCUGUAUUUUAGAACAAAGCUUCAACCAAAUCUUGUUUGUUUCACUUAAUUUUUAAAGUCACUAAUUGUUUGUGGUGAUUCUACUUGCAUACAUAUGCAUAGAUUAUUGUAAUGUUAUUUGCGAAAGAUAUUUUUCGUUGUUUUGUAUUUUUUACACGCAGUAAAUAACUUGCUUUUUUUUAUCUUAAAGUGAAAUGUUUUACUUUCAGGUCCUUAAUGACUUCACUAAAAUACAAUGAGAGGGGAUAUGAAGCAUGUGAUUGGUUUUUAAAUAUACAAACACAAACAUCUGUCUCUGAACUUCAACCAGAUCUGUUCGUCUCAAAUAGCGGAUUCUUGAUUGACAACAGAACACAACGUUUUGUAGAGCGUUACUUCAAUGCGUUCUAUUUAGUUGAUGUUGGUGGGGAGUUGGAAAAUGAUAUUUGUAUAUUAAGACAUAGCAAUACUUUGUGUGUUGUUGGUCUUGCUAGUGGGCACCAUGUUUUUAAAAGGUGUAGCAAGAAUUCCUUUAGUGACUGUUCUUCCGUAACUCACGAAAUUUUAGGAUUAGAUUAUCAGGUUUCCAAUGGAUUAAAUCGUUCGAAAAAAAAUGUCAAAGGCCGUCGUAAACAUGGAGGUCAUGUUUUUAAUAAAUCUACAGAUAUAAUAGCUUAUGCUAUUUGUGAUCGUGAAAUAAAGCAUCCUGUAGUGUGUGGCAUUCCAGGCAAUCUUUUGGAAGUUAAUAAUUCCCUAGACAUUACAAAAAACGAGUUUCAUCCUCCUAUCUCAGAAGAUCUAAGCUCUUUAAAUUCAAAAGUGAAGUUAACUCCUUUGAUAGGAAGCGAGAGUAUUAUUAAUGUUGGUACCUACUUAUCGAUUAUAUUGCCGAAACCAAGACCAAGGAAGGAUCAAAGUGGGUGUAUAAUUGAUAAGUCCAUUGAUGAGUCCAUUUUACUCAUUGAUUCUCCUACUCAAAACUGUACAGCACUAGUUGAUGAUGUUUCAGAAAAGCUUGACGAUUUAACCCAAUUAGACUAUGCAGCACAGAUUGCUGAUUUUAUUUCACAGACAUCUCUUCCUAAAGAACAAAAGGUACUUAACUGGAAUGAAUAUUCAGCCCUUCGACAUUGUACAUAGAUUAUUCUGUGAUAUUAUUUUUUAUACUAUAUUUUUACAUUUAAAUAUAUAAAUGCUUAUUUA